AAGCAAGUAUAUGCAACAGCCAAAGAACACAAACUCUAAAGAAAGGCGAAAAAAUCUCUAAGAAAACAUCAAUGGGACUACAAGGUCAGCUCUCCGACGUCUCCUCCGAUUCGAUACCUCUGAUGCUAUUGGCUCUCCUCGCCACUUUCAUCAGGCACGUUCGGUCUCUUCUCCUCCUCCCUUCUUCUGCCGCCCCCGUUGUUGUUGUUGUUUCCUCAAACCUCAGCGUCCUCGCCGACCAGCUCAACCUUAAUCGCCUCUUCUCGUACCGCUACUCCGAUAACGCAGCCUCCGAGUGCAUCGUGUGCUUGUCUUCACUCAAGACCGGAGAACAAGUGAGGAAGCUCGAUUGCAGACACGUCUUCCAUAAGCAGUGUUUGGAAGGUUGGCUUCAACAUCUCAACUUCAACUGCCCGCUCUGUAGAUCUCCAUUGCUACCUCAUCAUCAUCAUAGCCAAGGCAGUGAUACGGCGAUCUCAGCCUUCCCUCUUCGCUCUCAUUGAUUUUUAUGUGAACAAAGAAGAAAGAAAGAAAGAGAGAAGAAGAUGGAGGGAGGAUGUUUUUGAUCUCACGGCCCUUCUCCUCUUUCCUUUUUUUAGGAGAAGAUUAUUUCUUACUAAAGCAGAUUGAUUCUU